AUGCGGUUCGAUUCGCUAAGCAAAAUUAUUAGUUCGGAAAUACGAAUUGGUUUCCUUAAUGGGUUAUGGGAAAUCGUACAGCUCGUGACCAGGGUGCUGGCCCUGCCGGGCGCUGCUUUUUUCGUGGAUGGUGCCAAAACGAGCCACGUCCGCAUCAGCUUCAAUUUGGUGGCCGAAAAGCAGAUGGAUGAGGCGUGUGUGCGUUUUGCGGAUUUGGUGAGGUGGCCUUGGAAGACGACAGGGGAGGAUAGAGGGACGAGCGACGGCUCCCUCAUAACUUCAUAA